UCAAAGCGAAUACCCAAAAGAUGUGGUCCCAAUCAAAGUUUGUGUACCAGUUGUUAAUUUUGAUUUUAUUAGAAAGGCAAUCGAGUGCUAUAAAAUACAAAUUCAGUCUUGAAAAUGAGGAUAUAUUCACCGAUUGUCCCAAUAAACCUAGUAACGUACUCAAUAUAAGCGGACUUUUCGAUACCUCUGAGUCAACCUUUAAAACGGAUUUUGUGUCGGUACGCUUUUCGGGCAAUCUCACCUGCGUCUGGAAUAUUAAACCUGGUGAUCGCAUUCAGUUUACUUUCGAAAUAAAUCGUUUCGAUCGUGGAUCCUGGCAGCCAACAGUAUUCAAUAUGUAUGUCCGUGACAUCUGUCCUGCUCUCUAUGAAAAAGAACAGUACUGGUACAAGUAUUGGUCGAAAUACAUAAUCAAUAAGGAACAAGUUAGAGACAAAUGUAUUCUGCCUGGAACUAAAUUUAUUCACGAGCCGUUUGAUGUAGAAUUACUGUUCGAGGCACAAGGAUUACCUUUAAUGGGACAAUACAAGAUUGCCUACACAUUGAAGGCCCUUGACACUAAAGGGGUAGAGCGGGAAACUAGCAUCUGUUUUGAAAUGUUAGGGGAAUUUCAGAGGCUGUAGAUUUGCCAGGAAAUAUAUUUAAAUUGAAGCUUUAUAAGUAUUUCUAAUAAGAUCAUAUUUAGAAAAAAAUCAAAUUUUUCUGUGAAUAUUCGUUUUUAAAUUUUUAAUGUGCUACAGGAAUUGAAAGAUCAAAUUUUAUCUCAAUAAAAAUAAUAUUGGUGCAAUAAUAGACAGAGAUUCCAAUUCACUGGUUGAUCCACUAA